GGCGUGGAUCCAGUCCCACCAGUCCCACAUUUUGCUGGGUGAUCGUUUGCCUGUUGCUCCAGUCCUCAUCCCAUGCUGCACUCCAGGAAGGGCCCCCUCCUGCCCAGAUGUGUUCUGAAAAGGCAACAGCCCUGACUGUGUCUUCAAUGUAAGCUACAGCUGCUUGCACACAGGAGCACGACUCCAGUGGAAAGCCUGGCCUUUUCCUGAAGAGCAGUUCCAUGGGUACUGUACCUGACCCCCUGAGAUCAGCUAAAGCUUCUCUGAUUGCAGCUCCUGGAAGCAAAGAGGACCUGGGAGAAGGACGCCCUGCCUCAUGUCAGCACAGAGCAGCCCUCCUGUGUAACAGCACAAAUGGCCUUUCAGGGGUGCCCACAGAAGCAGACCUCAGCCCCAGGGCAGUGCCUGUUGCCCUGACACUGGUUUGUGAGCAUGCAACCACCCAGCCAGACAUGUCUUCUCCCAGUGUCUUCAAUGAGGUAGAGAACGCGCCUUCCACACUCAACUCUCCUGGUAAAACCCAGCUUCCAGGAAGCAUCAUGCCCACAGCUCCAGCCUCAUGUUCCGCAGUAGAAAAGGAUCGUACCCAGGCACCCUGUGCUAUGCCAGCCAAUCGUUGCAUCAGCCAGGCCGUCCGGGCUGAUCCGCUCAAGGCCAACUCCCCAUGUGUACCUGAAGAUGCCCAUGUGAAGUCACAAAGAACCCCAGGGGGAGAGCAGCCUGACAAGCCACAUGGGCCCGCAGUAGGCAUCUGUGGUAGCAGCAAAAUCCAAGUGCCCAGCGGUUCUCCUUCCCCAGAAACCAUCCAGGGAAUGGUGCCAAUUCCAAACACAGCAACCCUAGUGUCCAGUCGUCCGGCCUCCCCUGUAGGUGGACCUGAAAGGGAGAAGCAGCAAGCCCUCUGUGAGUCUGAGGCACGGUCCUGUAAAGCUCCAGCUAAGGAAGCCAGGUGUUUCGAAAAUCAACAGCCCUUGCCCACUGCCUUGGACAGCCAGGCCGUGACUUCUGUGACACCUCAGUCACCCCCCCUCUCUAGCCAAGGUCCCACGUGUCCUCCAGAACCAGAGCCGGGGCUGUUCCCAGAGCAGCAUCGGGCCUCGAGGUUCAAAGAGGCCAGCACAAUGACCCACCAAGCUGGCAGUGAGAGGAGCGAAGUCCCCGACAAGGCUCGGCAAGAUGCCGAGGUGCAGGCCGUGGCAAGUGUGGAGAGCAGAUCGGCCUCCACCAGCCCCAGCAUCCUCACUGCUUUCUUAAAGGAAAUCUCUGCUCCCGAGCGUUUUGAACAAGAACAGCUGCGAGUCAUCUGUCACGGCAGUAGCGGCAGAAGCCACACGCUGGAGCUCUCCAAUCGCGGGCUAGCCCCCCAGGAGGUGGGCCCCUGCUGCAGCAUCUUGCCCGAGGAGCACAUCCCAGCCUCUGCGGCAGGCCCCACAGCUCUGCAGGGGGAAGGUAACUCCGUGAACUUACCUGGCCAGGUCCUGCAAACCUCGCCCAUCAAGGCAGCCUCCGAUAACAAUCAAGGUACUCACAAAGACCACGGGAGGUCGGCCGGAAUGACUCCCAAGAGUGAAGAGCCCACCUCUAAACAACUUCCAGGUAUGAAUCCGAGCUCCCGAAAAGCUAGCCCCCUGGACCAGAUUGUCCUCUGUGCAGGCAGUCCAGGCGAAGUCAGUCACGGCCCAGGCAAAUAUGAAGUCAACCCAGCUGAGUUGACCGUGAUCUCAGUCAGUGGCUGCCCAACGGACCCAGACUGCAACCUGCCCAGCACUUGUGUCUCCGCCAGCCAAGCUGCUCAGUUUGAGACCUUGAACCCCGCUGAGAAGGGAGGUGCGGGAGAGAAGACGCCUGUGUGUCCUCACUUAGAAAAACAACCAGGGUCUACUGGCAUUGACACCCCCGAAGCAAAGGCCAAGGCCGAGGCCAAAGCCACACUGCUCCAGCCCACAUCUCCCGAAAGUGGAGUCACAGCAUCAUCAGCUGCUAACCCCACCCCGUCCUCGCUGCGGAAAAACCAGGAAAACACCUUCGAAGGAAAUAAGCAAGGCAAGGCCGCCACGAGCCUGAACCUGCCUUCGGAUUGCCUGGGUGACUCCAGCCCGGGUUCGGGCAAGAGGACCCCUUCUCGCUCUGUCAAAGCCAGCCCCCGGCGGGCCAGCCGGGUCAGCGAGUUCCUCAGAGAGCAAAAAUUGAACGUGACAGCGGCCGCUGCCCAGGUGGGGCUCACCCCGGGCGAGAAGAAGAAGCAGCUGGGCGCCGAUGCCAAGCUCCUGCUGAAGCAGUCCAAGCGCGUCCGGGACGUGGUGUGGGACGAGCAGGGCAUGACCUGGGAGGUGUAUGGUGCUUCCUUGGACCCGGAGUCCUUGGGUGUCGCGAUCCAGAACCACUUGCAAAGGCAAAUCAGGGAACAUGAGAAAUUCAUCAAAGCGCAAAGCAGUCCGACCCGGAGAUCCAUCUCCUCGGAUGCAUCUUCGCACAGGAAGCUCAAAGGCAGGCCGCACAGCGUGUUCCAGUCGGUGCUGCAGAACUUCCGUCGGCCCAGCUGCUGCGUCCGCCCCGCGCCUUCGUCCGUGCUGGAUUGAAGGGCAAGGCAUGGGGGAGCCUCUGCACGUUUAGGAUCUUCGGAGGUGUCGGUCUGAUUGAAAGUUUAUCCUGUUUUUCUAAGAGCCGUAGAAGAGAAAGAGCUCGUGAAAGCAAGUAUUAAAUUCUGAAAGUUGCUAUCCAGAAUUUUAAAGUCCUUUGUCCUGGACGCCAUACGUAAAAUUUUGAGAAACACCCAUUUGAAUUUGAAAGGAAAAAAGCGAAGUAAGUUUCACUGGAUGUUUACAACCUUAGUUAUGUGGAAAUGAUAUUCACGUUUAAAAAAAAUGUUGCUUGUCGAAAUAACGUGAUCAUUAUUUUGUAUCAUUUUGUAUUACUGCCUCAAAUGAUCCUUACUACGGUAUUUCCAUUAAAAUAUUUGCUUUGCAUUAGGAAUUGCAAAAACACUCUUAGCAAAACACGUGCGAGGCCUAUUGCAAUAAGGGAGACGAAUCCAUGGGGCAGUGAUUACGUGCCCCACUCCUAGACUGAAGGUCGGCAGUUCGAACCCAACAGCAGCAAUAAGGGAGGCAGAUGCGGCAGCCAGCUUCCGUCUCGGAAACCGGAUGGGCAGCCCUGCGCUGCCUUGUAGAGCCACUGUCAGCGGAAGCGGCGUGAGGGGUGGGGGCUGGUUGUGGUUCUUCCUUUUGGUGUUCAGUUUAUGGCAGUCAGCUCUUACUACACAAAAUUCAAGUAGGUGAUAAGAACAAUAAUAUAAAAAAUGAAAACAUUUGAUUAACUUCUAGGUCAGAUGGCAUAAAAUAAAAGCAUUUACUUAAGUGCAUAAAAUUCCAAAUAUCAAUUAAGUUUGUAAACAUAUGCAAAUAGCCCUUUUUAUAAACCUUGUUAAUCCUAUUAAUAAAUACAAUAAUGCUAUAAUAGAGAAAUUCGCUACUGUUCAAUAUGAAUACUACCUACAUAAAACGCAAAUAUAAAUAUACAGAUUUUCCACUAUUGAAGGUAUAGAGGAUAUCUCUUUUGACGAGUUUGGGUUUUUUUGUUGUUUUGGUUUAGUUUUUAUUCUAUUGGAAGUACAUGGGACUAAAUUUUUGAAACAAUGGUAUAAUCGGUGAUAAGAUUAGAUAUUGUAAUCUCUGAUUGCUUUCCAGAAAUAGUCUAUGGAGAAUGUUAUGGUUUGGGAAAAGAAUACAAAUAUCCAACUACCAACCCCUGUCAUUUCUAUGCUGGAUAAAAGGCAAGCCCUGUGAGUAACAAGAACAAUGUUUAUUUAGACCCUUUAAACAAGAUGCAUUUAUAUUUUCUUUUGCUGAGUUUCAGUAGUGUUGUCAAUACCAACCGAGACGCACGUUUUCUCAGAGCAUUUGUACGGGACCGGUAUCAUCUCAUCAUCUAGCAUCUCAAGAAAAGGGCAGCCCCUGCAAACUGACCUACUUUAAGAGAAACCCCAUCCUAUCUCAUGCCUUCAAACCCAGUUCAGGGAAGGGAACACGGAGUCUGAGCUUUGGGGGCAGGUCCCUGCUUCACUUUGGCAUAUACUUGUCCCCAGAGGAGAACCCUGGCCUAGGGGGAGUGUGGAACAGAGGGUUGACAUAGGCCAUGAGAAGGCUUCCCUUCUUGUUCCCACCAUCUUCCUUUUAGAAAACCCAUGUUGGAGGAGGCGCUGGUUGCCUUCUCUGAAUUUCCAUCCCCGAUGGGCCAGAAAAGGGUAUCUGACCAUGUCUUCUCUGUCCAGAGAUUUUUAAAUACCAUUUGCACAAUAUAGUCACAAUAUCUGUUUCUAGUUUUGUUGCUGUUGAAUUCAGUCUUGCAUAUUCUA